AUGAAAUUUAUCAAUACAAUCGUUUUAAUUUGCUUAGCAUCGGCAACUGGUGCAACAACCAAGCACAAUCUCUCACUGAGUGCUGGUAUCGAGGAAAGCGGAGGUAGUGAUGGGAGAUACGGCGGCACAUCUACUUAUUAUACCACCUGUUAUGCCCCUGAAACAAGUACGGUGGUUAUUACAUCUUGUUCAGAAGACUCUUGCGAAACCAAAAGCCAUGAAACGGGAAUUACCGUUGUGACUACAAUUACGCUGGGAGUAUCAACUGUUUUCACCACUUAUUGUCCAUUAUCAACAGAACACCAGGUCAUAGAAAAGACAGACUCUGCGGGCCAAGUAACAACGUCAACGAUUCCAGCGGACACAGAAAAUCCUCAAACAUCGGAUGAUUGCGAUAAUGAGCCUUCAGAUGACGUUGACGACGAAGAGUGUGAACCUUCUGCUCCCACUUCUUGUCACACAUGUUUUGAAUCUACUUCAAGUUCAGCUUUUUCUAAAAUUUCCAGUUCUGUAUCGCUGAGCUCAGUGUCAA